AUGGAUCAGCGAUGGGAAGAAAAGCAGGGCAGGCGUGCUGAGAAAGAUGCGCAGUUCCAUGAACUGAAGGAUAUGGUCUCCAGGCUUAUUCAAGACCGUGAGGCGGAUCGAAUUCAAGAGGAAGAGCGCAGACUACGGGAGGAGGGCAAGCCCGACAUUCAAGUGGUGCUCGAUGAACUCACCCGGCAAAAUCACGAAAUGCGGGAGGCGCUUCAAAUUCUUUCUCAGGACUGGCGGGCUGACAGUGAGCGGCGGCAUGAAGAAACUCUCGACGCUGUCCGUGCUACUGCCCGGGAGCAAGUCCCGUUCAAUGUGCAAAUGUAUCUUGACGAAUUUAGCAAAGCACUCGCGGCUGAGGUCCGAAUGCUCCUUGGAGAAGUUGGCAAGCUUCGUGAAGAACGCCGUAGCAUCCAACAUGAACUUGGAUACCUGAUGAUGAUGAAAGCUAAAUACGGACCAGGAGGGGAGUUUGAUCCUGACUGGAAACCGCCGAUGCCUGGUCCUGGUGGGCCUGAUGCGCCGCCACCGCCCGAGGCACCUCCCCCGCCUCCUGAAGAACCUGGGCCUACUCGUCCGGCAUGGCGCACAAUCCCGCGCAACACGAGGCGCAUUCGCAAGCCGCGUCCCGACCAACCACCGCCCCCUGAACCUGGUCCUGCACCUAUGAGGCAGCCUGUACAUUCCUGGGUCACCUGGCAUCCAAAUCCUGCGCUGGCACCUACGCCGCCGUCGAUUGAGCCUAACCUGAUUGUACCUGACCAAGGCAGCCCUGGUCUCUUCGGACCUCGCUCGCCACGCAGCUACCGGUAA